UGUGUGCUCCGGCUCGAAUUCGUCCGUUCGUGAUUUAUACGAUCGCCACCGCGAAUUCGUCAGAGCUGUCAAUCUUCCGCAGUUGUGUUCGCAGUUCUCAGUGUGCCUGCUUAAGUCAAUAUAAUUUAAAAACUCAUCAGUCACGAUGACAUCAAACCUGCUCGUCGUCUGCACUACCGCAGCCGUGUUGUGGUUGUCCUGUGCCACCGCCGACGUCUUUCCAGCGGUCGGCCAAGACGUCUCCGCCAAUACCGCUGAAGAACUCAGCUUAGCCGACAUAUCUCGGGUAAUCGAAGCCCAAGGAUUGCUGAUGUCGUCUGGCACACCGUUCGACUUGUUGGACGCUUUGAUUAACGGAAACGAAGGUGGCGAUCCGAUCGAAGGUCGGGGGAAAAAGCCCAAACCGGCGAAGAUGGCCAUGAUGAUGGCCGGAACGGCGGCCGCCAGCAUGCUGAUGAUGAAAGCCAUGGCGGCGAUCAAGCUGUUCAUCAUACACUCGUUUUUCGCCACCAAGCUCGGGCUGGUGAUCGGCGCUUACCUGUUGGUGUGCAAACUGAUGGAAAUGAAACAGGCGCCGGCCAAGAAGUCAGUGCAGGUGAAAUGGGUGCCGCCGCCUCCGCACUUCGACGAGCACGCCCCGCAGAUGCCGCCCAUGAUGUCCCACUACCCGGACGCCGGUCAGUCGUCUUACGAACCGCACCAGGAGCCGCAGCAACAGCAACAGCAACAUCAAUCCACGUCCGACCAGUACGGUCCGCCGCCGCAACAGCAACAGUACAUGUCAUCGUUCGGUGACUUCGGAGGUGGCAGCGGCGGCGGCGGCGGCCACGGCGGAGAUAUGCAGGCGCACUAUUCGCACGUGAGUCCGGUCACGUACAGGCCGACGCUCAACCGCAAUCAAUCGGACAACUUGGCCAAGUCAGUGGGCAGAUUGAGGAAAUAGGACGAAACCGAUGAUGACGUGGCCGGCGCGACCAUCACUGCGCAGGCCUAUGACGGGGAACGGCUUUUAUUUGUUUUUUGGAAAAAAUAAUAUACCCCAUGUAUAUACCUCGGGUUUGUGUCCCACUGUGCACUCGAACCGUCUCAACCUCAAUUUUCGAUUAAUUAAUAACUGAAAUCUACGACCCUCGGAAAAUGCAAUCCCAACGCCCUUGACACACUAUGCACACACUAUAAAGUCUUCGUUUACCCGCGACCCAACUCUGUAUAAAACCGUAGAACCGAGUUCGCCACAAUAACGAUGUUUGGAAGAUUCGUCCACGGCGGUGAUCUAUACGAAGAGCAAGUUGUACAUAUACGUGUUACAUGUUUUUUCACCGCAUGCGUCAUGACUAAUUUUUAAUUUAUUAUUCAUACUCAAAUAUUGCUUAGUUGAUUUAAUUAUUAUUUAUUUAUUUAUUUAUUUAUUUAUUUAUUUAUUUAUUUAUUUGUUUGUUUGUUUAUGAACACUUUAAUAUGCGGACAUUCCGACGUGUUGAUAACUUAAAAAACGUCGACUCCGUUUUGCUCAAAAAAAUAAAAACACAUAAUAAAUAUUGUCGUUUUUGUCGAAC